UCCUAUAAAAAGCCUCAGUGGCAGUUUCAGGGUUCUGCUGCAUGCCUAACUGCAGUUGGUUAUUCUAACCAUUCUUGUUGCUUUCAGAAAAAUAAAGCAAAGUAGAAGAUCAUGGCAAAUUCUGACUGGGCAUAUGAAGGCCAAAAUGGUCCUGAGAAUUGGAGCAAGCUGUAUCCUAUUGCCAACGGAAACAGCCAGUCUCCUAUUGAUAUCAAAACCAGUGAUGUGAAACAUGACACCUCUCUGAAACCUUUCAGUGUCUCCUAUAAUGCAGCCAACGCCAAAGAAAUUGUCAAUGUAGGACAUUCCUUCCAUGUCAAUUUUGAAGAUAACGGCCAAUCUGUGCUGAAGGGUGGUCCUUUUUCAGAAGACUAUCGACUUUAUCAGUUCCAUUUUCAUUGGGGCAAAACAGAUGACCAAGGUUCUGAACACACGGUGGAUGGAGUCAAAUACUCCUCAGAGCUCCACCUUGUCCACUGGAAUUCUGCAAAGUAUGCCAACAUGCACGAAGCCGUUAGCAAAGCUGAUGGUUUGGCGAUUAUUGCUGUUUUGGUGAAGGUUGGUCAGGCCAAUCCAAAGCUACAGAAGAUUCUUGAUGCUCUAAGUGCAGUUAAAACUAAGGGCAAAAAAGCCCCAUUCACAAAUUUUGACCCUGCUACCCUGCUCCCUCCAUCCCUGGAUUAUUGGACCUACUCUGGCUCUCUGACUCAUCCUCCUCUUUCUGAGAGUGUGACCUGGCUCAUCUGUAAGGACAGCAUCACUAUCAGCUCAGAGCAGUUGGCACAGUUCCGCAGUCUCCUAUCGAAUGCUGAAGGUGAAGCUGCUGUCCCCAUACUGCACAACCACCGCUCACCGCAGCCUCUGAAGGGCAGAACAGUGAGAGCUUCCUUCUGACCGCUGUGAGCAGCAGCUCCUCCUCCUCCAGGAACACAGCCCCGCUAUGGGCUUGGUCCAGGAACAUAAUCUCCUUUAGGAAAUAAAUGCAUCCCAGACUAGCCAGACAACAUACCUGCAAAUUUAAACUGAAAGACUAAAAUCUUGAGUCUUAGUUCUUGAUGCUUAAAUAAAAAUAAUCUGCAAACUGAAAAUCACUAUGUGCAAGCAUAAAUUCAUGAUUGCAUUUAUUGUCAAAAACAAGUGAUUUGUUUCUCUUCUGCUUUGUUCACUUUCGUUGAACUAAUAAACCAGUUUUAUCCCUUUA